ACCUGCUGCUCACUUACUGUCAGCGCAGGCUGUCAGUGUCAUUUAGUUAAUUGUAUGUAGUAUAUUUUCCCGUUUAUGGACGCCGAAGAUUUAAUGUAUUAAAAUAAACAAAAAGUGCAGGUUCGACGGUGUCAUUUAGAAGUGCAAAUGUUAGUUUUGAACCCCAGUGCAGUUAGGUGACAGCGAUGCUCUGUGGGAGUCUGAUCAGACAUGCAGUCCUGAACUGCACACAGAAAAUAAGACUGAAGUUAAUUUCAGCAGUAACAAACCGGACAGUGUGCACUGAAACAAGGACCAAAUGGAUCAGACCAACUGGUUAUGACACUGGCAUUAAGACUUUCAACAGUCUCACCAAACAGAAGGAACCUUUAAUUUUAGCAAAGAAGGGAGAAGCAACCUGGUACAGUUGUGGACCCACAGUGUAUGAUCAUGCCCAUCUCGGUCAUGCAUGCUCCUAUGUCAGAUUUGACAUUUUGCAGCGAAUUUUAACCAGACUUUUUGGAAUAAGUGUCACUCAUGUCAUGGUUAUCACUGACAUCGAUGAUAAGAUCAUACAGAGAGGCCUUGAGGAAAACCUCUCACCAUUUGUGCUCGCCAGAAUGUAUGAAGAGGAGUUUAAGAGAGACAUGCUGUGUCUGAAGGUUCUUCCACCAGCUGUGUAUAUGAGAGUUACAGAAAACCUACCUCAGAUUAUAGCUUUUAUUGAAGGCAUCAUCAGAAAUGGCCGUGCUUAUGUCACCUCUCAAGGGGAUGUCUUCUUUGAUACUCACUCCAUCGGCAGUCGUUAUGGAAAGCUUGUGAACUUGGUAAAUGCUGCUGGAGAAACAGAUUUUUUAGGCAGUAAAGAUAAAAGGGAUCCACGAGACUUUGCCCUAUGGAAAGCUUUUAAGCCACAGGAGCCGUACUGGGAAUCUCCAUGGGGAAGAGGAAGACCAGGCUGGCACAUUGAGUGCUCCACCAUUGCCAGCUCUGUGUUUGGAAGUCAAUUGGACAUCCACUCAGGAGGAAUUGACCUGGCCUUUCCUCACCAUGAAAAUGAAAUUGCUCAGUGCGAGGCCUACCAUGAGUGUGACCAGUGGGGAAACUACUUCCUACACUCAGGGCAUCUUCACUUGAAAGGCAGUGCAGAGAAGAUGUCGAAAUCCCUAAAGAAUUAUAUAACAAUAAAGGAUUUCUUGAGGUCCUACAAUGCCAAUGAGUUUAGGCUGUUUUGCCUGUUGAGCAAGUACAGAUCAGCAAUCGACUACAGUGAUGCCAGCAUGAACGAGGCUUGUUCCACCCUGUCCAUCAUCUCAGCCUUUAUCCACAAUGCUCAGGCCUACAUGCAGGGACAUCUACAGUGCCAAAGCAUACAUGAGAGCAGUUUAUGGGAGAGGUUAUCAGAUACUCAGGCCACCGUGCGAACUGCACUCGCAGAUGACUUUGACACACCAAAAGCGAUGGAUGCCAUCAUGAGCCUCAUUCACCAUAGCAACUGUCAGCUUCAGCCUGUUACCAAGCCUGAUGGGAGCUCUAGAAGUCCAGCUGUGUUUGGAGCUAUGCUCUCUUACAUCAGAUAUGUUAUGGAUGUUUUCGGAGUUGAUCUGCUGAACAGAAAGGAGUCAUCCAGUGCUGAAUCGUCCACUAUUUUACACAACGUGGUGGAGCAGCUGGUGCACUUCCGUAGCGAGGUUCGAAACUUUGCUCUCUCUGUGGAGGAUGAAGCCACCCAGGACACUAGCAAUGUGCUUCAGAGAAAGAAACCCAAGGCAGACAGAGUGCCCUUACUAAAGGCCUGUGAUACACUACGGAAAGAUCUUGUACCCCUUGGAGUACACAUUAAGGACAGAGGCACCAACUCAACAUGGGAAAUUUCACAGCAGAAUAAGGAGAACAGAAACAAAGAAAGUUAAAGUGCACCUUAGCACUGUGUGAACCACUCUGGUACUCUGCAUUCCCCCGAAAUACUAGUUUUAGGACAAUCUGGAUCACCUUUUUCUGUUUCCUAGACUUUUACACAAAUAAUUAAAGAGCAUUUAAUGAGGACUGACACUGUAAAUAUGACGUGAAUGAAACCUAGCCUGAUGCCACAGUGACUUCCACCAUCGUCCAUGCUGAUGCGAUUUACCCACAAUAAAUGUUUUCUUUUUUUGUAA